AUGCGUCAAAGAUGGUGGUUAGAAUUUAUCAAGGAUUAUGACCUACAGAUCCAUUAUCACCCCGGUAAAGCUAAUACAGUUGCAGAUGCUCUUAGCAUGAAAGUUAGAGGGAAUCUAGCUAGUUUACUCACAAGACAAAAAGAAUUACUCCUUGAGUUGGAAAGAAUGGACAUGGAAAUUGUGUUACGUGAACAAGGUGCAGUGUUAGCAGCAAUAGCAGCUCAGCCGGCAGUUAUUGAAGAGGUUAAACAAAAACAAAUGGAAGAUGAUCUUUUAAAGUACAUUCGUGAGGAGAUAGAAACAAGGCCAAAGCCCGGGUUUACGUUUGAAAAGUCGAUGAUGAAAUUUAAAGAUAGACUGUGUGUCCCGAAUGUCCCAGAAAUCAAGAAAAGAAUUAUGGAGGAAGCGCAUAAUUCCAAAUUUUCUCUACAUCCCGGUAAAAGCGGAGCAUCAAAGACUAGCGAGACUACUUCAACCUCUCCCAAUUCCGGUGUGGAAAUGAGAACAUUUGACUAUGGACUUUGUUGUUGGCUUGCCUCGAGCACCUCGAGGUAUGAAUUCGAUAUGGGUUAUUGUUGA